GUUCCCAGGAAGAGGCUGCUUGCAUUUUCCUGUAAUGGCGGAGCAGGCGGAGAGCGAAGCGAUCGGAUUCAGCGACAGUAGGAUGGCCCAGCAGGCCGUGCGGUUCCACGGACCCGUCCCGGCACCGGUGACCUCGCCUGCCCCCGCCGCACCGGGUCCCGGGCAAACUCCUGUGCUACGCGGCCCGCCGCCCCUCCUCCGGCCGCCACCGCCCCCCUUUGGAAUGAUGAGGGGACCGCCGCCGGCUCGUCCCCCCUACCCGCGGCCACCCUUUGACCCCAGUAUGCCCCCCAUCCCGCCACCAGCAGGCAUGCCACCCCCCAUAGGACCGCCCCACCUGCAGAGACCCCCGUUCCUUCCCCCUCCCAUGGGCAACCUUCCACCCCCUCCGGGGAUGCUCUUUCCUCCCGGGAUGCCCCCGGCCCCUACUUCUGCAAGCCCCACGCCCACCGAGGAGAUCUGGGUGGAGAACAAGACGCCCGAGGGAAAGGCUUAUUACUACAACGCUCGCACCAGAGAGUCGGCGUGGACUAAACCGGAGGGUGUGAAAAUCCUCCAGCAGGCAGAACUCAAUCCACUUCUGGUGGCGGGGACUGGCCCCGCCCCGGCGGGGGCCCCUGGGACCUCGGGCACGGGGACCGCCAGCGUGGGUGCUCCUGGUGCUGGGACCUCCAGCCCCGGCGGCACUGUGGUCAUUAGCGCCAGCAGCAUCAGCACCACGGCCAGUGCGGCCGCCUCACCCAUUAACGCCGCCUCCAGCACCCCCUCUCGCACACUCAGCUCCAGUCCGGACCCGACCUUCACCUUGGCCCCCUCCGUCACCAUAGCAGCAGCCGGUGCCACAGCGGAGCUUAUCCCCACCUCCGCGGUCAGCUCAUCGGUGGCCGCCGCUCCAAUCAUUGCGGUGACAGUGUCCACGACGCUGUCCCCGUCUCCCGUCACGGCCGUGCAGACGGUCCCGAUGCUGCCCGCCGCACUGCCACACAGCGUGGCCCAGCCCACCGUUACCGCUGCCAUCCCCGCCUUCCCGCCUGUCAUGGUGCCGCCCUUCCGCGUGCCUUUGCCGGGCAUGCACAUCCCCCUGCCAGGUGUAGCAAUGAUGCAGAUAGUUGGCGCUCCCUGCGUAAAGGCGGGCCCCGGCGCCAACGGAAUGCUGCCCGGCAUGGGGCCGCCCCUGGUGUCCAUGAUGCACCCACAGCUGGCCUUGUCAGCAGCGCCAGCGUUGCAGCUGCCAGAGUGGUCCGAGUACAAGACGGUGGACGGCAAGACAUACUACUACAACAACCGCACCAUGGAGUCCACUUGGGAGAAGCCGCAGGGCCUACUAGACAGAGAAAAAGAAUUGGAGAAGGUCAAGGAGCGUAUGGCGCAGAAGGAAGCUGAGGCCAUGGAGAUGGAGGAGGAGGAGGCAAAAAUGCUCAUCAACAAUGAGAAGCAGGAACGCAAAGAAGAAGAAAUGAGCGAGGAAGAGAAGGCGGCCCAAAAAGCUCGUCCGGUGGCCACCAACCCAAUUCCGGGAACGCCGUGGUGCGUGGUGUGGACGGGGGACGAGCGCGUCUUUUUCUACAACCCCACCACUCGGCUGUCCAUGUGGGACCGCCCUGAUGAGCUGCUGGGACGCACCGACGUUGACAAACACAUCCAGGAGCCUCCGCACAAGAGAGGCUUGGAUGACGCUAGGAGGACAGUUUUCAGCAAGGAGGAGCCGGAGCUGGGCCCGGCCGCGGACGACCUACACGACAGUGAAUCCUCCAAAGCCAAGAAGAGAAAGAAGGAGGACGCCAACGAGGCUGACACUGAGAAGGAGGCAGUGAUGGAGGCAGAGCUUCGGGCAGCCCGCGAGAGGGCCGUGGUGCCCCUGGAGUCCAGGAUGACACAGUUCAAAGACAUGUUGCUGGAAAGAGGGGUGUCGGCUUUCUCCACAUGGGACAAAGAGCUUCACAAGAUUGUCUUUGACCCUCGCUAUCUCUUGCUCAACCCCAAAGAACGCAAGCAGGUCUUCGACCAGUACGUCAAGACCAGAGCGGAGGAGGAGCGGAAAGAGAAGAAGAACAAGUUGAUGCAGGCCAAAGACGACUUCAGGAGAAUGAUGGACGAGGCCAAGCUGACGGCCAGGACCACCUUCAGCGAGUUUGCCAGCAAACACGGGCGUGAUCCUCGCUUCAAGAGCAUCGACAAGAUGAAGGACAGAGAAGCCAUCUUUGUCGAGCACAUGACUGCCCUAAAGAAGCGAGACAAGGACGACUCCAAGUCCAGAGGGGAGAAGGUGAGGCAGGACUUCUUUGAGAUGCUGAGCGACCAGCACGUGGAAGGAGGACAGCGCUGGAGCAAAGUCAAAGAGAAGAUGGAGACGGAUCCUCGCUACAAGGCGGUGGAAAGCUCCGCCCUCAGGGAGGAGUUCUUCAAGCAGUACCUGGACAAGCAAGCCAAGAGCCUGGACUUGGAGAAAGAGCGCGAGCUGGAGCGGCAGGCUCGUAUCGAGGCCAGCAUGCGGGAACGCGAGCGCGAGGUUCAGAAGGCCCGAUCGGAACAGACCAAAGAGAUCGACCGCGAGAGGGAGCAGCACAAGAGGGAGGAAGCCAUCCAGCACUUCAAAGCGCUCAUGUCCGACAUGGUACGCUCGUCCGACGCCACGUGGUCUGACACGCGGCGGAACCUUCGCAAAGACCACCGCUGGGAGUCGGCGUCGCUUCUGGAGCGCGAGGAGAAGGAGAAGCUCUUCAAUGACCAUGUGGAGGCGCUGGCUAAGAAGAAGAAGGAACACUUCAGGCAGCUGCUGGACGAGACCACCGUGAUCACACUGACCACCACCUGGAAGGAGGUCAAGAAGAUCAUCAAGGAGGACCCUCGAUGUAUUAAGUUCUCUUCUAGUGACAGAAAGCGCCAGCGUGAGUUUGAAGACUACAUCAAAGACAAGUACAUCACGGCCAAAGCUGACUUCAGAACUCUCUUGAAGGAGACCAAGUUCAUCACGUACAGGUCCCGGAAACUGAUCCAGGAAUCGGAGCAGCACCUGAAGGAUGUCGAGAAAAUCCUGCAGAACGACAAGCGCUACUUGGUGCUGGAGUGCGUCCCCGAGGAGCGUCGCAAGCUCAUUAUGUUCUACAUCGAGGACCUUGACCGCCGUGGCCCACCCCCGCCCCCCACUGCCUCAGAGCCCACGCGCCGCUCCACUAAGUGACCUCCAGCUCCCGCCCUCACCCCCACCCGCUGUCACCACCGGGUGCACGGGUUGCAAAAGGCUGCGAUUCCUCGGGCCCUCAGGGGAAAUAGACUGUUCCAAACGGCAAACUUACCGUGGGAAUUGAUGCCUAAGUACAUUGAAACUUUUUUGUUUUGUCCAGAGCAGAUAUCAAAGCAGAUUAGCUAGCUCUCCUUGCCCACAGACGCGGGCAUCUUAGCAAAUGGAAAGCUCGCAACGAGUUAAAAAAAAUAAAUAAAAUAAAAUCCGCCAAGCAAGCGACUGCUCCAAACUGUAAAAAGUGCAACUGUCAAGCACAACUGUUCUGCUUCGUUUCCAUCAAUUCCCAUGGAAGGUUUACCACUUCCUCCAAUUUUGCAAGCCUCUUGGAAGCUUGGAGCCCCCCCUCGCCUUUGACCUUUCACUUCGGUCUCGAGGGAUGACGAGAUGAUGAAGAUGCUGCAAUCAACUCUGCGGCCGCUUGUGUAUGAUAGCUCAUGUAAAUCAUCUUCAGUGUGUGUGCGUGUGUCGGAGGUGAGACAAGCCUUACAGCGCCACCACCGUCCGGAAUGUUCGCAAACUUUGUCUCCACGUUCUAAUAAAUGCAACUUCUCGUUUUUUUCAA